AUUUCACAAAAAACACAGAGUUGCUUUCUGACAGUGUCAUUCAAAAUUUUUUGCGAAAUGGCUAAAUUUUGGUCGGUCUUUUUCGCUGCGUUGCAGUACACGUUCAGCAUUUACGUGUUCAAAAAACCCGAUUUGACCGGUUGUGGACCUCUGAUCUCGUCAUUGGCGGUCCUGCUCGCCCUCUCUUUGGUGCUAUGGAGCCUCCCGUUGUACCCCCGGAGACUGCGCAAGCUAGUCCCCGGCGCGAAUUGGUUUGCACAGUAUUUAAUUGCGGUGUUUCUGAUCGAAUACAUCAUGGGGUGUUUCUGGUUCCCGCUUGAAGCCGCCACUUUGGCAUUUUUACCCAAACUGGGGGCCACUUUUGAGGAUAUCCUAAUGCAUGUAGGCAUGGGUUGUCACUUCCCUUGCGACGUCUUAAAAACGGAAGGAACAGGAAUGUUCAUGAGCUAUCUGAUAAGUUUCCUCAUACUUGUAGCGGCUUUGCACGCGACUAGAAUGAUCAAUUUGCAACUAUUGUCGUGGGGAAUUCGGCCGUUUGCAAAUGACGUCACGCGCCGAGUCCAAAAAUUUUCGAAAAAUUUUCCGCUCAAUACCGGGAUUAGAAUCCCCAGAUUGAGGCCUCGUAGAUCCCGAUCGGAAAUGUGCACCACCGAUGAGGAGUUCUGGCCCGGAGACGGGGAAUACGAAUAUGUUUACAAAUGAGCUAAACACAGUACGCGAUCGCGGUGGCGAACAAAAUGUAAAUAAAUUAUUUUCACACCGAAUAAAACGUUAUGGCCUGCAGACACGCGUUUAAAUUGUUCAAAAACCAACGCAUUUUCUAUAAACUUGUUAAUUAUCGCGUGACACCCCCGGUUUUGGCGCCCCCAACAUUGGGGUUAUGUCCGAAAAAGUGGGCUUAUCCGAAAGAAACGGGCUUUGCGGUGGGCUUGAGCCUCUUGUCGUGGCUCGGUUUCGAGAAAGACGAUGAAGAGAAGGAGUCCGAGUUGAUAAUGACCCUGAAAAGGGCCGUCUUGUGCACGCAAAGGGAGCAGUAUGAGAAGGCCGAGCAGAUGCUACAUUUGGCCCUACGGCUGGCCCAACAGCAGCAAAACCAGCAAGGGGUCAUCUACUGCUACGACUUGAUGGCAAAUUUGGCUCUGGACACCUUUCAGUUGGAUAAAGCCGAGAAAUUAUUUGUCAGUGUCUUGCAGCUGUUACUUGGGGGCGGUUUGGACCAAAAAGACUUGAAGGUCAUUCAUAUUAGUUUAAAACUGGCGCGAAUUUCGCAGUUGAAGGCGGAAAUUGAAAAAGCCGACCUUGGGUACAAGUGGUGUCUUGAACAAAUAGAGACACAGAAAAAUGACAGUGUUGACGCUCAAAUGCUAUAUGGGGUUAUUCAGGACUGGUAUUCCCAGUUUUUGCUAGACGUUGGGGACGUUAAGCAGGCUUUAAUCCAUUUGAGAGAGGCUUACAAUGCGUGUAAAAGAACCAAAGGGAGGAAUAGCGAACAAAGCAUGUUGCUUUUGAAUGACUUAGGGACUACCAGUUUUCGCGCUGGUGAUAUUGAUAAUGCUCAGGGGUACUUAAAGGAGGCUAUUACAGUGGGGCGCGAGGUCGAAGACAAGUCGCACUUGGGGGUAAUCCACGCAAACUUAGGUUUAAUUCUUUUAGAAAAAGGCGUAGCUAAGGAGGCAGAAAAGUAUUGUAAGGAGGCGUGGAAGUUGGGGAAAAAAUUCGAAAACAACGAAUCAGUUGAACAAGCAAACUACUGUUUUGACCAAAUUAAAUUGGUUUUAGGAAAAUAAUAUUUAUUGUAAAGGCGUACUCUAAGUACAAAGGAAACAAUAAAACCGUUACAUAUUUA